AUGAAGGUUAUUUGUGCUGGUCUGAGUAAAACUGGUACUAAAUCUUUAGCAAGUGCCUUGCGGGUUCUUGGCUACACAGUGUACGAUUUCCCAGAACACACGAGCAUACAUCUGGACGAAUGGCGUGCUAUUUAUCAUGAAGGGGAGACUCUUGACUUCGCCACCAUGUACGAAGGAGUUGAUGCCAUUACAGACCUCCCAGCGGCUUUUUGGUUCGAGGAAAUUCUCCAAAAGUUUCCUGAAGCGAAGAUCAUUCUUACUGUGAGGGAUAGUGAUGAAGUUUGGGUUCAAAGUUGGGUAAAGCACUUGCAAAUGACUCGAGAUUUAGAUUUGUUUUCCAAGCUAGCUUAUCUCUUGUGCGAGAAACCAAGAAAACUUUUAGAUUUCUACAAUGCGGAAGAUUUGGCUGUUUAUGGUAGUGUGAACCCUACAUCAACCACCUUAUUUAAAAAAAAGUAUAAUACACAUAACGAGAGAGUCAAGGCUGUUAUUCCACCGGAAAAACUCCUCGUUUACAAUGUAAGGCAAGGAUGGGAACCCCUCUGCAAAUUUCUCAAAGUUGAUGUACCUUCAAAGGAUUUUCCUCGCGAAAAUGUUGGAGGAUCAGGUCGACAUGGUUCAAUCGCUGAUUAUGGCUUAGAACUGAAGCAAAAGACCACGUUCUUCUUAUUACCUACUUUAUUGAUUAGUAUUUUCCUAUGUUUAUAUUUCUACUCUAGCUAG